AACAAAAAAACACUCUCUCUAUCGACAAAGAUAAGAGAACUCAGAAGCUUCUACUCUUAAAAUGGCAACUUUCUCUUAUUUCCAAAACUACCCUCAUUCUCUUCUUGAUUCUCUUCUCUUCCCUACACCUCACUCCUCCAUUAAUCUCACUGGUUUCAUCGAUCAAAAUCAUCUCCAUCCACUACCAAACAGUUCCUUAGUUGAAGACAUUUCGUUUAACCCAUUUCUUGAUGAACAUAAUGUUGACAGAACCGAAAACUCUGGUUUAAAGAAACAGGCCAACACAACCAAAACCGCAACCACCGGUUCUUCUUCCUGCGACCACGGACCAUCAGCCAUCACCACCACUGGAAAAAACCGUGGGAGGAAGGCCAGAAAUGUUUCUAACUCCAAGGAAGGAGUAGAGGGAAGAAAAAGCAAAAAACAGAAGAGAGGAAGCAAAGAAGAGCCUCCAAAAGAUUACAUUCACGUUCGAGCUAGAAGAGGCCAAGCUACUGAUAGCCACAGCCUUGCCGAGAGGGUGAGAAGGGAAAAGAUAAGUGAGCGGAUGAGAACUCUGCAAAACCUUGUUCCGGGCUGUGAUAAGGUAACAGGGAAGGCCCUCAUGUUGGAUGAGAUUAUAAAUUAUGUCCAGACCUUGCAGACUCAAGUUGAGUUUCUCUCAAUGAAGCUAACUUCUAUAAGUCCGGUGGUCUAUGACUUUGGUUCCGACCUUGAUGGCCUCAUACUUAGAUCUGAGAUGGGAUCUCCAGAAGUAGGAACGUCUUUUACCAAUACAAUGCCAACAACUACUUCUAUCUUUCCUUCACUAUUGGAUAAAUCUAUAGUUCCCACACAUGCACAAGUUCAGGUUGAUUUAAUCUCCUCCCAUUUGCAUGGAGGGAAUAAAAUCUACGUUAACCUGGGCUCGUAAAAGUGGAUGUACUUAUUUAUUCCUUUUAUAGAGUUUCAAGAAAAAUAAAGUGUAUUAGAGUUA